AUGCUCCUUAUCACCCACUGGCCGAUUAUCAUCGGCUGUUUUGUCCUUGCGGUAGUUUCCCUUUUCUGGAAAAUUCUGCGCAAAUCCAAGGUUCCGAGGGCAGCUCUACCUCCUUUUGUUCCUCUCACGGAACAUGAACUUCAACACACACCAUUAGAGUCUAUUACAAGGGCAUUCGAGCAACAUGGACCCGUCAUCCAGAUUCACCGUAAUGGUCAUAGACUUUUCUUAACAUCCAAUGAGUUCACACAGCAGAUCCUCACGGAUGAAAGUUACUUUAGCUUUGAGAGCGGAAUGACAAAGUUCUUUGGACUUUCCUGGGUCAACAAACUUCACGAUGGAACAUUUUUCCAUGACAUGGAUACCUACGCACGGGGCUUUGUCGCUCAACGAAUGCAGAAGGUUGUGCCUGAAAUCUGGCCAAUCUUCGAGAAAGGAGUGCGUGAAAUGGUCGACACUUCUCAGCCUGGAAGGCCCGUCGAGCUUCAACACCAGGUCCAAGCCAUCAUGGCAGAGGCAACGAUUUGCAUUUUCUUUGGACAGAAAUACGGCAAUGCCAGGAAUGUCAAGUCGGUCGUGGAUUUGGCUGAAGACAUUGCCGAGCUCUUGGGUAUCUACCAGAACCUGUCCUUCCUAGGGCGCAAAGCAUCGUGGCUAUGGAAACCCUUGACAUGGAUCAAGAUUGUUCUCUUUCGGAUCCCGCUUCAUAUUGGCUUCACAUUUACACGAACGCUGUGGACGGAUAUCUCGGAAAUUUCAAAGUCUCCUGAAAAGAAGGUAUCGGCUACUAUAAUGAUAUGGGUAACCUUCCACCUUGGAAUGCGGCCAGGCUGUCAGGAUGAUCUCCGUGACGAAGUCUCUUCCAUUUUAAAAUCCUGGGACAAGAAUCACACAGAUCCUGUUGUGGACAUCCAAGCAAUGCUUGAUGCGGUCAGGACUGAUUCUUUCAUUCGUGAGGUGCUUCGAAUGAAAGGUGACAUUGUCAAUCUUGUGCGGGCGCCCGUUCGCGACAUCGAACUUGGUGGUUAUAUCAUUCCCAAAGGCUCUCUCGUAUUCCCAGUCACUCACUUGUCGUAUCGAUCCCCGGAGUUCGUUACCGACCCGGAGGAGUUCAAGGGAGAACGGUGGAUUGGAUCCGGAAAGACAGCGGGCAUGACUGGCUCUGGAUACCUCGCCUUUGGGCUUGGAAGAUGGGCUUGUCCGGGGCGAGUUCUGGCUGUGAUGGAGCUCAAAUGCUGGAUCUUUGCCUUGCUCAAGCAUGCCAAGGUUGAGCUUGAUGGUUGUAAGUAUGAGAUUUUGGAUCCAUUCAAUAUCACCAGUGUUCCGCCGCAAGGUGAUAUCUUGGUUGAAAAGUACACAGCUUCAGUAUAA